GACCAAGAUCAUGCCAAUGUUUUGGCAAUAAGAACAAAGAAGAUCAAUUUGCCCAGUGUAUAUAUGAAUCCACUUGGAUAUAGGUUGAGGAACAUUUUUGCAAGACUGUCUAUUAGGCCCUGAAACAGAUGAGAAAAUGCCGACUUCUUCUCCGGAUCAGGCUGGUUGUUAUGCUGUCGCUGCCAUCUUGCUGAUAUUCUCGACGGUAGCUGUUGGCGGUCGAUUAUUCGUUCGUCGCAUGAAGAGGGCGCCUAUUGGAGUUGAUGAUAUCUCUAUUUCCCUGUCCUUGUUGCUCGUUUGGGCACUUGCCAUUAUUAUCAUCUAUGGCACCUCUCAAGGCACCAUUGGAACACACACAAUGCAAAACCCCGUAACAGGGGCCAUCAUAGUGACGCCGCAUGAGAACCAGAUUGCAGAGGUCAUCAAUCAUAAUCCUAAUCGAUGUGCUAGGAUUCGAGGGUCUCCGUGCUGACACUUACUGCGUAGCUUGCGUAUAUCUCUCAGAUGAUAUCAAUCGUGGCGUACGGCGCUCUAAAACUGAGUGUUCUGUUCCUCUUCAGACGGAUCUUCAUCGGGCCCCUUUUCUCAAAAGUAUCACUUUUGGCGUUGGCCAUCGUGUCGGCCUGGACUGUUGCAUUCUUCUUUGCUACUCUGUUUCAAUGUGGUACCAUACCAAGUCGAUUGUGGAGCAGUCCCCGUGAUGUAGCUACUUACUGCUCCUCUUAUAAGUACAUUCAGCUUGGUCAUGCUACAUCCGAUGUGGCUACGGAUUUGGUUGUGCUGACGAUUCCGAUGCCGAUUAUCUGGCGUCUUCAUAUGACGAUACGGCAAAAACUGGGUCUUCUUAUUGUUUUCAUGCUGGGAUACAUGUCUACGGCUGCAGCUACUGCUCGAAUAGUAUUUAUCGCCCAAGAUCUCUAUGAAACCACCACAGGGGCCCGUGAUUUAAGAGGCGAAGAAAGCAAUGUCAUGGUUUGGGGGUAUAUUGAGGCUAGCGUUGGGGUUAUUGCAGCGUGCUUGCCAACUCUACGACCUUUAAUGAAGGCACGGAUGCCAGAGAGUAUCGUCAAUAGCGCACGCUCAAAAUUGUCGUUGAACUCAUUGCGAUCGUCACCUCCAUCGCGGAUGCGCCGCGUCUCAGAUGAGGAAUUAGUGCCAGAGUCCCAGGAGAGCUAUCAGUUGUCCAAAAACGGGGGAGGGAGUGGAAAUUUCAUUACACCCAAGAGCUACCAUACUAUGGCUCAUGCAGAGGGUUUGGCUCAUUUCGAUAAUCAAGUUGAAGACAAUCUGAUACGCAUAGGGCGGGACUUUGAGAUUAGUCAAGAGUCUCAAGACCAAAUUGGGGCUGUAGGCCGGUAAUGAAGGUAGUGCGGUGUGGUAGUGUUAUUACUGGAGUAAAAUAAGAAAAAUGAGCUCAACGUAUAUCGUAUCGCUAUAAUCUCAAUAUGGAGCGAAUAGAUAA